AUGGCACUGGCUCCGCCUUCGCUUCCGGUCCUCCGCCUCUGGCAGCCGGUGGCCGGCUCUCCUUGCAGAGUUUUCACUGAAACCCCUGAGAUCCGGGCCCCGCUUGCAGGAGCUUGUCCCUGGUUCAGUGGGCUCCUGGGACUGAGCGCCUGCCAGAGAUUCAGGCCGAGAGCUGCCCGGUGUCAGACUCGAACCAGAGCCGGGCAUGACGACAUUCCGAAGACGUGUCAUGCGAGAGGGAGACGCCACACCACUGCCAGCAUUGCGUUUGGGGCGGCGGCACCGCCUCACCCUGCAACGGCAGAGUCUCAGAGACGUCAGGGUGACCUGGUGACGGUCAGAGACCCGGAGACUUACAGUGCUUUGGUCUACAGCCCACGGGAUGUCAAAGGACCGCUGCCACUGCUGGUGGUCCUGCCUGGUGCUGGCCGUAACGACAAGGAUGCGACCGACCUUGCAAACAUCCGAGGGGAGCAUGGUGGCCUGGCUCCGAGCCUCAUUGCCGAGGGCAUCGCACCAGCUGAUCUGACAGAGAACUUCGCUGUGCUAGCGCCUUAUGCUGCCGGUAAGAACAGCUUCUACGAAGAACCACGCAAAAAGAUGCUUCAAUUCAUCGCCUGGGCUUGCAGUGACGCGGGAAGAGCUGCAGGCGUGCCAGCUGUGGACCCCAAGCGGCUGUUUCUAUUCGGCUUCAGUGAUGGAGCUACUGAAGUCAUGGAACUGGCCAGCACAAGGCGCUUUGCAGGCUGUGUUGUAGCAGCCUACGGCUUCACUGGCGAGCUGCCACGCUUAGCUCUGGAGCGGCUGAAGGACAUUCCUGUUUGGGUUUUCCACUCCGCCGAUGACGUUAUCUUUCCAGUGAGCUGCAGCGACAAGCUGGUGAAGCGUCUGAAGGAGACAAACUCUCGCGACGUGGUGCGAUACACGCGCUAUGACAAGGACCAGGAGGGUUUCACGGGUUCUGUGCGUGGCCACAGCACAGGGAUCACAGAUGAGGCUGCCAAACUGCCGGGAGAGUCUGGGCUGUUUGGGGACCUCGAUCGAAACGAGACCAAAGACCUCAGAUGGGUGCUGGAUUAUUGGCGAUCCAAAGAGCCCGGGCGCUUCGAGGAGUUCGCUUCUCUGUACUAUGGCUAUUUCCUGGCCGUCAUCGCUGACCAGCUCAAGGUGAUUUCAGAGGAGCCUUGGCCGCAGGAUAGGAGUGCAGUGCCUCAUGCAUCACGCUUCUCGAGCCGCAGCUUGACUUCGCAAUCUGAUGCCUACCGUAAAAUCGGGGCUCGCCGGCUGUACAAGAAGUCGCUGCAGGAUCUCCUCAGCAGUAUGAGAGUCGAGAUUCUUAGAAAGGACGAAGCAGGGAUUGAGUACUGCCAAAUCCGUUCCAACUUGGUGCUCGUGGGCAUCGGGCAGGGCAUGGAGAAGUUGCGGGCCUUCCUUCGCUGCUUGGGUGGAUUGCACAACCGCGCUGAGCAUGCAGAACGUGCAGCACGUCACUGGCAGAGUUUAUGGGAAGAGUCAUUUCGCAAGAUCUUGGACGUGCGCCGGACAGCAGACAGUUCAACUCUUGGUUAUGAAGUGCAAGUUUCUGAUCUACUCACAGCCCUGAGCAGCACCAACCGCGAGCGAGAGCGACUGGCCAAAGAGCUGGAGAGCAUGCAGCGAACCUUCCAGUCCGCGACGGACACGCAGCUUUGGCAUCGAUACGGCCAAGAGCUCCAACUCAGGCAGCUGUGGGGUGCUACUUCCGAGCAGUUCAGUCACUGUGCAUUGCUUCAGCGCCAGCUGGCUGCCGAAGCGGCCGUCAGCAAGCAGCUCCGCAAGGAGCUCCUUGAGGCACAGCAAAACCACAGCGUGGCUGAAGCCAAGCAUGGCGAUGCGGACGCCCGUGCCAAAGAAGCCGAGCGCUACGCAGAAGGAGCAAAGGACUUUGUCCACAAGCAGGUCGACGAUGCGCUGAAGUCACAGUGGAACCAGUUCCAGGAAGAGCUGGAGUUGGAAAGGAAGGGCUGGCGGAAGGAUGCGGCCGCAGCCAUUCCAUUGCCCCUGGCAAGAGAGGUGCUGGCUGCCUACUCGGACCUUUGGCGCUGUACUUCUGGCCAGGUCCCUGGCCGGCACAGAGCCCAGGCGGAACGAGCAUUGAGGCGUCUUCGAGAUCUUGAUGCCUACGCCGUGCUGCUUCCGCCCCAGGAUGAGAUGCUUCAGGAGCCUCUGCGGCGGGCAGUCGGUGAGGCCGACGCAAGAAGCAUGGCAAAGGCCCUGGUGGAAGAGCUGCAGCAGUGCCACACGCCCGCUGAAAAGUCGAAGAACGACUUGAGCGGCUGGGGCGCAACGACUCAGAGCUCGCACCCGCGAAGUCACGUGUCGCUCCGUGCCCGGACAAUGAUUAUGGCCUCCGAGAAUCGGCGACCUCCGUAUCUCUCGGCACUCAUCCAUGAGUUGUAUCGGCACAAAAAGACUCGCCAGUUGUUCAUCCGAGUUCUCUACAACGGAGAAGUUCAAAAGGUUUGCCACGGGCAUGGUAUGGGCUUGCUCUGUCCUCUUGAAAAGUGGGAGGAACUGGUGGCAAGAUUCACACCAUCUCCAGAGGAAUGUCCUGUUCUCUACGCUGCAUACGACUUCCAAGCUCCCAGGAAGGAGACGAUGCCGCCGUGGCACAGCUGGCCACAAGAAGUUUGGAACUGGCUUCGUCAGAGAGCCCACCAAGCUCGCUCGGUGUUGCAGCAGCAUAGGAUUGACGGUCAGGAUCUAGCUCUGGGAAGCCUCCUCCUGAUGGCUUCUUGCCUCUCUGCCUGGUGCUUGUGUCGACGAAGACGGUCGACGGAGCAGAGCACUAGGCUCGCAGCAGACUCUUCGGACUCGGACAACACGCCGAUGCCUGUGCGACAGGUUCAGGAAAGGCUGGACAACUUGGUGGAACGGAUGGCACGGGAGUUGAAUGCUCCAAGAUUUGACUUUCAUGUGACCCUGUUUAGCAGCAUCAAGUCCGCAAACCUUCCGGAGUUGAAGUCCUCACUCGAAAUGCUGGCUGGUGGGCUGCAGCCUUUCGAUGUGUCUUUCGGGGAAGACAGCCUUGCGGUGUAUGAUACCUGGAACCAAAACGUGUUGCUGCUGGCAGAAGAGACCGCUGAGCUGAAAGCCGCCAACUUGGCGGCCCAGCGAAUCUUUGCCGACCCAGCGGCUGAGGAAGCUGCGUUUGCAGCACCCAGCAAGACGCCACAUGGAUCUCUGCUUUAUGGUCCGCAUGGCAUGGAGGAGCGACAGGCUGCAGAGAAGUGGGUCCGGCAAGAAGCUGGGUGGAUUCUGACACCAUGGAGUUUCAAAGCCAAUCGCAUAGUUCUCUACGAGACAGAGACCCCGAAGGAGAGACGGUGGGAAGGUGUGCCAACCUGGAAGAAAGUGGCAGAAUUUCCUUUCAAAUCGAAGUGA